UCCUUACGUUACAAUCAACAUAAACUAUGUUGAUCACUAGACAUAAUUUGGUCACUUGGUGAAUUUGUUUUAGCAACAAACCAAAAAAUACAUAUAAUGUGAUAAACGCAAGAGAAAAGUAGGGAAGUCAACGAUUUUGCAGGAUGACGUUUAUAAUGUCACAUAACAUUUUUGGAUUAGAAGAAUUUGGACCUGGACGGAUGCAUAUCUGUUCCCCUUGAAUCACGCCUACACACUUUGCUCGUUUAAAAGUUCCCAGUCUGCUGCGCUUUUACGCACACUAAGAUGUGCGUACGUACUUCCCUGUGUUGGUGCGCGCAGUGGGCUUCACUCUUUUUGCUCAUAUUUAUCGAGAGUGUUUUAACUUUCGAGAUUACAUUGCUUCACACCAAUGAUUGUCACGCACGUAUUGAGGAGACCAGCCGGGACUCGGGAAAAUGUGACCCCAAAGGUCCUUGCUUUGCAGGAGUUGCCAGGAGGUACACUAAAAUAGAAGAAAUUCGGAAUUCGGUACGGAACGUGCUGCUUUUGGACGCGGGAGAUCAGUAUCAGGGGACCGUGUGGUUCAACUAUUACAAGGGCGAAGAGGCGGCGUAUUUCAUGAACAAGCUCGGAUAUAAUGCCAUGGCAUUUGGGAACCAUGAGUUUGACAACGGAGUGGAGGGUCUCGUCGAACCCUUUCUGCAGAAGGUAAACUUCACUGUGCUCAGUGCCAAUAUCAAGGCAGACCAAGUCCUGGCCCCAGCCAUUAGUGGCUACUACCAACCCUACAAGGUGUUUACUGUGGACUCUGAGAAGGUGGGUGUUGUGGGUUACACCACAGCAGAAACCCCGCAGUUAUCCUUACCAGGUCCACACCUGAAGUUCGAGGAUGAAGUGGAGGCUCUGCAGCUGCAAGUGGAUAAACUUCUAACCCUGGGGGUCAAUAAGGUCAUUGCCGUCGGUCACUCUGGGUUUGACGUGGAUAAAAAGAUUGCCAAGCGAGUGAGAGGAGUAGAUGUUGUGAUUGGAGGACACACCAACACUUUUCUCUACACAGGCAGCGCCCCGUCCUCAGAGGUUCCCGCAGGUCCCUAUCCAUUCAUGGUGCGGUCAGAGGAUGGGAGAAACGUGCCGGUGGUCCAGGCUUUCGCUUUUGGGAAAUACUUGGGAUACCUUAAGGUGACCUUUGACCCAAAAGGGAACGUGCUGAAGGCUGCUGGGAACCCCAUCCUGCUGGAUAGCAACAUUGCCCAGGACGCGGGUAUUCUGGCUGAGGUGGAGGAGUGGAAGAAGAACCUGGCCCAGUUCUCUUCCGAGUUUGUGGGAAAGACCUUAGUGUACCUCAAUGGUACCUUUGAAGAGUGUCGCUUCCGAGAGUGCAACCUUGGAAACCUAAUCUGUGACGCUAUGAUUAAUCACAACAUCAAGUAUUCAGAUGAGGUCCAGUGGAAUCACGUGGGCUUGUGCAUCCUGAACAGUGGAGCCAUAAGAAAUUCAAUAGAUGAACGCUACAAAAAUGGAACCAUCACCAUGGAGGAAGUUCUUUCAGUCUUACCGUUUGGCAUUACAUUUGACCUGGUCCAACUGAAGGGCUCGACACUGAAAAAGGCUUUUGAACACUCAGUCAGGAGAUAUGGCAGUAACUCUGGAGAAUUCCUCCAAGUUUCAGGAAUCCAUGUAGAAUUUGACCUCUCACAACCAUCUGGGGACCGAGUGACAUCCCUGAGCCUGCGAUGUACCCAGUGUCGAGUGCCCACGUACGAGCCCCUGGACCUAAACAGAGACUACAAGCUGGUGAUGCCCUCCUACAUUGUAGACGGAGGGGACGGCUUCUCCAUGAUCAAGGAGGAGAAACUGAAACAUGACACAGGUGACAUGGACAUCAGUGUUUUCUCCAAAUACCUGUCGGAGAUGAAACGAGUUUACCCCACGGUCGAGGGACGCAUUCGGGUCCAAAACUCUGUCUUGUCUGCCACUGCCAACCACUGCCUGGUCCUGGUUCUACUGGGCCUUCUGUCGUCCUCGUCCACAAUCGUCUGAGACAUUCAUCUUUCUACAACAGUAUUAAAAGGAUAGCCACUUUAAUUAAUGAUAAUAGCACAUUGGGGCAUUACAGUAAACAAAUAUAUGUGCUGACUAAACCUGUGUCACUUACUAAAUAACAAAUACUGUUCGAUGUUGAGAAUGCUUUUAAUAUGCUGUUGUAUAAAUGUUUUUGUGACAUCUGGAUUAGAUCCUAAUAACCAUAAACUAUGGUUAUCAAACCAUUGUUGUACUGGGUUUGAAUGCCCUCUCUUCCACUUUCAUAUGAUGCCAGUAAGGAUUUAAGGGAUGUGAUAUGAUCAUUACCAAGUGCAGAAUUGUAAAUCCACCUUGAUGGAGUAUGUCACUUUUAUACAGACCUUUCUACAAUUGUCUUUUAUUUUAGUUGUGUCAUGUUCAUUGAAAGGCAUCUAAAAUGUUUUAGUAGUCCGUGCACAAUCAUAUCAAUUUUAGCCUGGAAGUUCACUUGUUUUGUUGUGAGGAAUUCAAAAAAUACCUGACAAUUUCAUCACAGAAUCGAUUUUUGAUUCACACUGCUUCCUUGUUGUGGACAGGUUGUGCCUGUGCACGUCCCCUUCCCGACAGUUCAACUUUUCUCUUAACGUAAAUCAUCACAAGGCAUUCUAAAAGGAUCCAAGGUAUGUACCCCUCCUCCACUCAUGUUUCAGGAAGCAAGUGUCUAAUUACAGGCCUCAGAACAACAUGCCAAUGAAAAUCACAUGGACUGCAAGGCUGACAGAAGCAAUCCGCUUCCUUUUUACAUGCAAACAGUGUUCCUCCUACAUACUUCAAGUCAAUCUUUCCUGUUACUGUAAGAUUUCUUUCAUCAAAACAGGGCUUUUAUAUUAAAGAUUUUAUUUGCUUAAA